CGGGAGCUCGCCGUCUCCUCCCGCUCUUCCCCUCCCCACUCCGGGGGGCUCCGUCACUCCAUUAUCAGGAUAACUUUUAGGAUUUUGAUAAAAUUCACCAUAGAGGAGGCAGCUUGCAACUGAUGGUUUUAUUUCUGCAAAGCCAUGGCAAUGACGGGCCCAACACCCUGCUCAUCCAUGAGCAAUCACACCAAGGAGCGAGUUACGAUGACAAAGGUGACAUUAGAGAAUUUCUAUAGCAAUCUCAUUGCCCAGCAUGAAGAACGGGAGAUGAGACAAAAGAAGCUGGAACAAAUGAUGGAAGAAGAAGGCUUAAAAGAUGAAGAGAAGAGAAUCAGGAGGUCAGCACACGCACAGAAGGAGACGGAGUUUCUUCGUCUGAAGAGAACAAGGCUGGGUUUGGAAGACUUUGAGUCCUUAAAAGUAAUAGGCAGAGGAGCAUUUGGAGAGGUGCGACUUGUCCAGAAGAAAGAUACAGGACAUGUUUAUGCAAUGAAAAUAUUGCGCAAAGCUGAUAUGCUUGAAAAAGAGCAGGUUGGCCAUAUUCGUGCAGAGCGGGACAUUCUAGUGGAAGCAGACAGCUUGUGGGUCGUGAAAAUGUUCUAUAGUUUCCAGGAUAAGCUAAACCUCUACCUUAUCAUGGAGUUCCUGCCUGGAGGUGAUAUGAUGACGCUGUUGAUGAAGAAGGAUACCCUGACGGAGGAAGAGACACAGUUCUACAUCGCUGAGACGGUGCUCGCCAUCGAUUCUAUUCAUCAGCUGGGUUUUAUCCAUCGGGAUAUCAAACCAGACAACCUCCUUUUGGAUAGCAAGGGCCACGUGAAACUCUCAGAUUUCGGGCUGUGCACUGGACUAAAGAAAGCUCACAGAACAGAGUUUUACAGGAACUUGAACCACAGUCUUCCCAGUGACUUCACUUUCCAGAACAUGAAUUCCAAGAGAAAAGCAGAAACUUGGAAGAGAAAUAGACGGCAGUUGGCUUUCUCUACGGUGGGAACCCCGGAUUACAUUGCUCCUGAAGUUUUCAUGCAGACUGGAUACAACAAGCUCUGUGACUGGUGGUCGCUCGGGGUCAUCAUGUAUGAGAUGCUAAUUGGUUACCCACCUUUCUGUUCUGAGACUCCUCAAGAAACGUAUAAGAAAGUAAUGAAUUGGAAAGAGACUCUCACAUUCCCUCCAGAAGUUCCGAUAUCUGAUAAAGCAAAGGAUCUUAUUUUAAGAUUUUGCUGUGAAUGGGAGCACAGAAUUGGUGCAUCUGGUGUGGAGGAAAUAAAGAGUAACCUGUUCUUUGAAGGGGUUGAUUGGGAGCACAUCAGAGAGAGACCUGCUGCAAUUUCAAUAGAAAUUAAAAGCAUCGAUGACACCUCAAACUUUGAUGAAUUCCCAGAAUCUGAUAUCCUUAAGCCAACAGUUGCCACAAGCAACCAUCCAGAGACUGACUAUAAGAACAAAGACUGGGUUUUUAUCAACUACACCUACAAGCGUUUUGAGGGGCUCACGGCCCGAGGAGCGAUACCAUCCUACAUGAAAGCAGGAAAGUAGUUAAGUCUUUACCUGGGACUUCUGCUGAGCCUCAGAAUUUCAUUUCUCCUCUUUGGGUUUCCACCCAUAAAAUAACUUUUUUUUUUUUUUAAAGAAAACAUGAGGGCUAUGGACUCUUGGAGAACAUUUCAGGAGCUGCUUUUGUUACACACCUUGGUUAUUACCAAGAAUUUUGUCUCUCUGCGCCAUUGAAAACUUCCACAAAAUGCUUCUGGCCUCUCUGCUGCCAGCACAUUUUGCUGCUCCAGGAGCAAGAGUUUGUUUUCUUUGUGAAUUCUUUGCCAGCUUGCCCAGCCCGCCAGGAGGGAGAGCAAGCCUUUGCUUUGACGUUGUCGAGCGCAUGAUAUUUGUGUGGACAGUUUUGCAGGUCCCGCAUUAAGCGACGUCCUCAGUCUGCCAAUUCUGCCAGCACUGUUUUCCCAGUGACAAAAGGACUUUAGUACAGAGGAAAUGAAGCAAUAAUUAAAGCUUGAGGUAGACAACUCUCCAGCAAACUAUCUAGCAGAAGGAUACAACUUAUAUUGCCUUAACUUUAAUUUGUAGUACUGUUUUUUAUAAUGCUACUUGGAAACCUCUCUUAAUAGUGUUUCUCAGCUCUUAUCACAAUGGCCUCAAGUUGUGGUGCACUUUACUUUUGGUACUAAGACAGCAACCCUCAAGCCAUUUAGUGUUUUUCUAAAUUAACACUUUUUCUUUUUUCCCCCCCUAAGCAGUGAUAAGAGGAGCAGGGCUCUCCUGCCACACAUUGCAGCAGGUUUUGGUUACUGCGUGGAAGGACGUGUGUGCAAACACUGCAGGUGUGCAAACACUGCAGGUGCUAAAGACAGCGGCUGGUGAUGUAAGUGGCCCUGGAAUUAGGGCAGAGUGAGGGGAAAUUGGUUCAACCUGUUCAUCAAUGUGCACUUCGGGUACAGGUGGCUCAGCCAGGAGGCUUUGUGGUCCUGCUGCUGCCGUCUYGUGGCCAGCGGGGAUAUCUGCUCAGUUUGCAUCCAAACUAAACCAACCCCUGUGGCCUUCUCAAGUUUCCACUCGAGCAGUAUCACCACUUUUAAGGAAGAAGGUCUUGGUGGGGGUGGCAUGUCCACCCUGUCCUCCCUGAGCUCCUCUUGCAGCUGUACCUGGAGAGCUCCARAGAGCUGGUGCUUCCUGGGGUCCCUCUUGGGCUGUGGGACCCACCCUGCCCCUCUUUAAUUAUUGCCCACYGUCAUCCAUAAAAGCACAUUCCGUGAUGCUCAGGAUGCUCUCCAGGAGCGCCCCAAAGUGCCUUUCUUUGCCUAAACUCCUUAGACACGACUGCAUUUUGGGAGGGAGGCUUUGGCCUCACUUGAGCCUUCGGUAAUUCCCUUCUGUGAGCACGAGCUCCCUUUUGAAUCUGGUUUGGAGUUAGCUCUGUCCUCUUGGUGCAGGUGACAUCAGCCUAACUGGUACCAGUCUUUAAGUUGCAAAUGGUGUUUUUUAAUUUGCGGAGGUUUCUGGAAGCGUGUUUCCAUUUGAGCCAGCUCAGAUUCUUGUGAACUUUCAUUGGUGCUGAACACGAAGAAGUGCAGAGCCCAGGUGAGAACCUUAAACUAAAACAGUGUUUCAGAGUGUUAGAGUGGCUUUGAGUGACAUUUAGUCCUAACUUUCUAAGCUAGUAAGUGAAAGAAAAGGCGGGGGGGGGUAGUGAAACUUUUUUUUUUUUUAAAUAGGUGCUUUUAGGGAAUUUCUACCUAGAUGUCUUUGGACUUGAGUGCCAUCAUGAAGGACUGAUUUCUGGGGUGUGUGUGUAAGUUCUGUACGUAGCUAUGGGUGCUGAUGUGUUGGCCCCUCUCCCCAGCCCCUCUCCUGCUUUUCCUACGUGUUGUAGGAAUUCUGUGAAUUGCCAUAAGCAGUUUAGCUAGUGCUUGGAUCCRACAAAGCUGGAACGCAAGAACAGCCUUAAUGUACAGCCCAGGCAGUAGGGGCUACUCCUAAUAACAAGGGCUACCUGGAGUAAUGAUUUGUAGGCUCAGGCUUUCCCCUGACUGGUCAAUAAUAUCUUUAUUCCUUUGUUAAGAACUGGUACCUGCUUCUCUGUCUCCUUUUCCUGUGGUUUCUUUCAACCUUGGGAAAAUGUUGCCUUAGAAAGACAGUGGGAAAAAAAUAAGAGCUGUUACUAUCUAAGCAAUUCUUUCACUUCCUACCAGGUUAGUUACCACCUUGAAACUUAAACAGCAAAACCCCUGAAAGCUGCUGUGGAGGAGGAGUAAAUGACUCUGAGACAGUAGCUGCCUUAUCAGCCCUUUACAAAAGGGACAGGUGGCUUUUAUAAAUACCAAAGAUGAGAGAAGCACCACGACUAUAAAUGGUGAGAAUUUGCUGCGGGGAAAAAUGCAUUUUUACUGCCUAGUUUUUAAACUGUCUUCUGAAAUCUCAGCUUGUCCACGUUUUCUUCAUAUUACCAUGUUUUGAGGCAAAGGCAGAGCUAUCCAAAGGCACGAAGAGCAGCUGGGUCCCUYACUUCUGUCACCUUUACUGUCCAGUGUAGCUGUCUUUGAGGCUGCUUCCCGGGAAUYGCGCUCAUCCUUUUCCAGGUGUAGUUUUUGUCUCACUCUUGCCUCCUGAGCCUGUUCCCUCUGUCCUAGUGUUGGUAACUGUGUGUAAAGGGUAGUGUCCUGUUCCUAGGAUCCCUGCCUCAUGGCAAGCAGUGUAGGAGUCCUGUAGGGCUGUCCCACCCCCUCCACCUUAGCCAAACAUUUUUAUUAGCUGCUGCUGUAUACGUAUAAUUAUCUGCUAAAUCAAGGUCAAAGUAUCCUUUAGCUCUUCUCUUUCAGCUGCAAAAAAAAAUGUUUUCUUGCUUKCUUGUUUGGUUGUUUCCAACUGGAUUUUCCAGGAGUAAUUCCAAGCUAAACUUCUGGUGGAUCUGACCCCACGUUACGCUGCCCGUUCAUCUCUGUAUCCUGCCUAGCACCAAACUGCACUUAAGUGUUUCUUAUCACUGUGCCCUGAUUCUGCCUUAACGUGCGAGUUGAAGGAAAAAGUGUUCUGUAAAUAUUUAAAAGCUGUUACUAAAUUGCACUGUAAGAUGUGGCAGAUAUCUUGGGUGAUGCUGGGGAAGCCAACUUUUUACGG